GCCGGGAAGGAGGAGGAGGAAAUAGUCCACAGCACCCGGGGCCGGAGAGCCCACAGUGAUGCUGGCCAUGCGGGUGCUUGGGGCCUCACACAGGGCGGCACUAGGAUCGGUAGAGGCUGCUCUUGGAGGUUUGAAGUCAAUAUGGGGAAGCAGCCAACAUUUUUACUCUACUCUUCCUAAAGAUGUCACUUAUAGGGAACUAAAAAACCUAUUGAACUCCAAAAAUAUUACGUUAAUUGAUAUUAGAGAUACAUGGGAAAUUUUUGAGCAUGGAAAAAUACCUGGAUCAAUCAAUAUACCAUUGGAUGAGGUAGGUGAAGCUCUACAGAUGAACCCAAGGGACUUCAUAGAGAAGUACCAUGAAGUGAAGCCAUCCAAAUCUGACAGUCUAGUGUUUUCUUGUUUCGCUGGAGUAAGAAAUAAGCAGGCCAUGGACACAGCAUUAUCAUUGGACACAGCACUGUGCUGGAGACUGGAAGGAAUGGGUAACCUAUGA